AACACACCAACAUGGCCCGGAGACCGGGGGCCCUGGGCUGCCCAGACCCCCGAGGACUAUAGUGUCCCAAGUCAGCUGGGACUCGGGAGUGCCCCAAGCUGAAGUUUCCCAUUUGAGAGGGAGGAAGCCUCCUUGUCUCGGUUUAGCUGAGACCUGCCAUGUCCGGAGGGAUGAAGUUUAAUGGGUACAUGAAGGUGCGCAUUGGGGAGGCUGUGGGGCUCCAGCCCACCCGCUGGUCACUCCGGCAUUCACUGUUCAAAAAGGGAUACCAAGUGCUGGACCCUUACAUCACAGUGAGCGUGGAUCAGGUACGAGUGGGACAAACCAGCACCAAGCAGAAGACUAACAAACCUACUUACAACGAGGAGUUUUCUGCUCCUGUCACCGAUGGGCGCCAGCUGGAGUUGGCAGUCUUCCAUGGCACUCCUAUUGGCUACGAUGACUUUGUGGCCAAUUGCACCGUGCCCUUUCACGAUCUGCUUCAUGGCACGGGGUCUUCUGACAGCUUUGAAGGAUGGGUGGACCUGGAACCUGAAGGGAAAAUAUUUAUAGCAAUAACCCUCUCAGGCAGCUUCACUGAAGGAACACUCCAGAGGGACAGGAUCUUUAAAAACUUCACACGGAAACGCCAACGGGCCAUGCGCAGGAGAGUUCAUCAAGUCAACGGACACAAGUUUAUGGCAACUUAUUUGCGGCAACCAACGUACUGCUCACACUGUCGGGAAUUUAUCUGGGGAGUAUUUGGAAAGCAAGGAUACCAAUGCCAAGUUUGCACAUGUGUUGUGCACAAGCGUUGUCACCAUCUCAUAGUUACAGCUUGCACAUGCCAGAAUAAUAAAAAGAAGAUGGAUAUAAAGAUUUCUGAGCAGAGGUUUGGAAUCAAUAUCCCACACAAGUUCAGAAUCCACAAUUACAAAGUGCCAACCUUUUGUGAUCACUGUGGUUCUCUCCUCUGGGGAAUCUUGCGACAAGGGCUUCAGUGUAAAAUGUGUAAAAUAAAUGUACAUAUUCGGUGUGAAUCCAAUGUAGCCCCAAACUGCGGGGUGAAUGCAGCAGAACUAGCCAAGACGUUGGCAUGUAUGGGACUGCAACCUGGAAAUAUCUCUCCAAAUGGGAAAUUAGUCUCAAGAUCAACAUUGAGACGUCAGAAAAAAGACAGCACAAAGGAUGGCAGUGGGAUGGUUGAAGUCUCAGCCAGUAGGCUUAAAAUUGAAGAUCUAAUAUUCAUCAGAGUGCUGGGAAAGGGCAGUUUUGGAAAGGUAAUGCUGGCUAAAACAAAAGAGACAGGAUAUCUUUAUGCCAUCAAAGUGCUGAAGAAAGAUGUAAUUCUGCAAGAUGAUGAUGUGGAGUGUACUCUAACAGAAAAGCGGAUCCUGACUUUAGCAAGAAACCAUCCUUUCCUCACUCAGCUUUUCUGCUGUUUUCAGACCGCUGAUCGCCUCUUCUUUGUUAUGGAGUUUGUGAAUGGAGGGGAUUUGAUGUUCCACAUCCAGAAAUCCCGUCGCUUUGAUGAAGUCCGAGCCAGAUUCUAUGCUGCAGAAAUCAUUUCAGCUCUCAUGUUCCUUCAUGAGAGUGGCAUCAUUUACAGAGAUCUGAAACUGGAUAAUGUGCUACUGGAUCAUGAGGGCCACUGCAAGCUGGCAGAUUUUGGAAUGUGCAAAGAAGGAAUCCAUGAUGGGAUCACCACCGCGACAUUUUGUGGAACCCCUGACUAUAUUGCUCCAGAGAUUUUGCAGGAGAUGCUUUAUGGUCCUGAUGUUGACUGGUGGGCAAUGGGGGUGCUCCUCUAUGAGAUGCUCUGUGGUCAUGCUCCAUUUGAAGCUGAAAAUGAGGAUGACCUCUUUGAAGCUAUCCUCAAUGAUGAAAUUGCCUACCCAUCAUGGCUCCAGGAAGAUGCAGUGACAAUCUUGAAAGCUUUCAUGACAAAGAACCCUAAAAUGCGACUAGGCAGCAGUGCCUUGGGUGGAGAGAAAGCAAUUCUCCUGCAUCCCUACUUUAAGGAACUGGACUGGGACCUUCUAAACGAGCGCCAGAUUGAGCCACCUUUCCGACCUCGAAUCAAAUCAAAAGAAGACGUGAGUAACUUUGAUCCUGAAUUUUUAAAGGAAGAGCCGAUCUUGACUCCCAUUGAAGAAGGAAUAUUAUCCAUGAUCAACCAAGAGGAAUUUAGAAACUUUUCUUAUACAGAUCCAGAAUUAGAGUCUUAGCUCCAUGUUGACUGGGCUAUCUAUUCAGCAACAAAGAAGGAUUGGAAUAUGGGAUUGCCUAGUCAUUUUUUCAACUGAAUCAUCCAACAGGCAGACUUAUACUAUGCAUCAGAGUAAAGAGGAGAAAAAUGAAACUGAGGAACUCAGCAGGAACAAAUAUUUCUUCCAGUAAAUGAAUGAUGCACAAAAGACGAAUGGGUAGAGCUUGUUAGCUCUGAAUGGCUACUGAAGUAACUUUGCAGUAACUGGGGGGAAUUUCUGGAAAAACAAAAUCAACUCUGAGCCAAAACUACCUUUUUGCAGCACUGAUUUCCCAUGAAAUAACUUGGCUGAACUACCUUCCGCAAUCAAGGAAGCAAAAAGAGAAUAGGGCUGACUGGUUUGAACUGUAUUAGAGAAAGGUUACAUGUGCUACUACUUUGCUUAGAGGUUAUAGGUUCAGGUUUCCUCAAAUCAGAGUGAGUACACAUCUGUUAGAAAUAUUUUGGACGCCCAUUUACAAAUAUAUGUGAUUAUACACAUUGACAGGAAAUAAAGAAA